UGUGUUUUUCCCUUUUUUUGUUUCGAUCUUCUGCCUUCCUGUAGUGUUGGUUGAACAUGUGGAUUUGGAACGGUUUUGCAAAGAAAUUCGCUGUUCUUGCUCUGUUCGGAUUUUGAAGGAUUUCAAAACUAUGGACGUAAAUUUGUUGUUCAUCUUUUGUUUAUGAGCCGGGGGUUCUGCGUUUGAUUCUAAAUUUUUGAGUUCGAAUCGAGCUUCGGCCAGCUGAGAGUAGUUAGUGAGUUGGAUCUAUGCAAGGAUCCCCUUCUUGGAUCUUGGCUCAGAUCUACUUCCCUCUCUGCUUCUUCGUUUCCUCUUAGUUCCUUGCAGAUGGCGACGAUUUUUUGGUUUUUAGUUUUGAUUAUUCAUGGAGAUAAUCAGAACAUGAACGAUUCCGCGUGUUGAUGGCAGUGGAAUGAAUUAAGAAAUCUAGCUUAAAACUAACUCGAAAGAGAAAACACGGAAUUAAUAAUAAUUAGGUACGAAAAUGGAUGAGUUGGAGAGAUUCAAUUGAACUUUGACGGCUUCUUGAUUCUAUUUUCCGUAUCUGUAUUGUUCUUUCUACAUUUUGGCGUCACUUUCUUCCAAAGCAACUGUUCGGUGCUCAACCAUGACGGUCACACCGAAGAUUACUGUCAACGAUGGCAACUUGGUGGUUCACGGGAAGACCAUACUGACUGGGGUUCCUGACAACAUUGUGCUGACCCCAGGAUCUGGCCUUGGACUCGUUGCUGGCGCUUUCAUUGGUGCCACUGCUUCGAACAGUAAAAGUCUACAUGUUUUCCCAGUCGGUGUUUUAGAGGGUACUCGCUUCCUUUGUUGUUUCCGUUUCAAGUUAUGGUGGAUGACUCAAAGAAUGGGAACAUCUGGGAGAGACAUCCCUUUCGAGACACAGUUCCUGCUGAUGGAGAGCCAGGGUAACGAUGGGGAGGAUCCUGAUAAUUCUUCGACCAUCUACACCGUCUUCCUUCCUCUCCUUGAGGGUCAGUUCCGUGCUGCUCUGCAAGGAAAUGAAAAGAAUGAGAUGGAGAUUUGCCUCGAGAGUGGAGAUAACACUGUUGAGACCAACCAAGGACUUUCUCUUGUCUAUAUGCAUGCUGGGACAAAUCCCUUUGAAGUUAUCACUCAAGCAGUGAAGGCUGUUGAAAAGCAUACGCAAACUUUUCUACAUAGAGAGAAGAAAAAGUUACCUUCCUUCCUUGACUGGUUUGGUUGGUGUACUUGGGAUGCUUUUUACACUGAUGUCACUGCUGAGGGUGUUGUGGAAGGCCUCCAAAGCCUUUCAGAUGGAGGGGCACCUCCAAAAUUCUUAAUCAUAGAUGAUGGUUGGCAACAGAUAGAAGCCAAACCAAAAGAUGCUGAUUGUGUUGUACAAGAGGGAGCACAGUUUGCAAGUAGGCUGUCUGGAAUAAAAGAAAAUCAUAAGUUUCAGAAAAAUGGGAAUAACUAUGAUCAGGUCCCAGGCCUAAAGGUGGUUGUUGAUGACGCCAAGAAACAACACAAAGUGAAAUUUGUGUAUGCAUGGCAUGCUUUGGCUGGUUAUUGGGGUGGAGUGAAACCAGCAAGUCCAGGCAUGGAGCAUUAUGAUUCUGCUUUGGCGUACCCGGUCCAGUCGCCGGGUAUGUUGGGCAACCAACCAGACAUAGUUGUAGACAGCUUGGCUGUUCAUGGCAUUGGCCUUGUGCAUCCAAAGAAAGUCUUUAAUUUUUAUAACGAGCUCCAUUCCUACUUGGCUUCCUGCGGUAUUGACGGCGUGAAGGUUGAUGUGCAAAACAUUAUUGAGACCCUCGGUGCUGGUCAUGGUGGCAGGGUUACACUUACUCGUAGCUACCAUCAGGCUCUUGAAGCUUCGAUUGCUCGUAACUUUUCUGACAAUGGAUGCAUUGCUUGUAUGUGCCACAACACCGACAGUCUCUACAGCGCCAAACAGACUGCGGUCGUGAGAGCUUCUGAUGAUUAUUACCCUCGUGAUCCUGCCUCCCACACCAUUCAUAUUUCUUCUGUGGCUUACAAUUCUCUUUUCCUUGGAGAGUUCAUGCAGCCUGACUGGGAUAUGUUCCAUAGUUUACAUCCGACAGCAGAGUAUCAUGGUGCUGCUCGUGCAAUUGGCGGAUGUGCAAUUUAUGUCAGUGACAAACCAGGCAACCACAACUUUGACCUGUUGAAGAAACUAGUCCUUCCCGAUGGAUCAGUUCUUCGUGCACAGUUACCUGGACGACCGACACGUGACUCUUUGUUCAACGAUCCAGCUAGAGAUGGCACCAGCCUGCUCAAAAUUUGGAAUAUGAACAAAUGCUCUGGUGUUGUUGGAGUAUUCAAUUGCCAAGGUGCCGGCUGGUGCAGGAUCACAAAGAAGACUCGCAUUCACGAUGAGUCUCCGGGUACCCUAACUACCUCUGUCCGUGCAGCUGAUGUUGAUGCUAUUUCACAAGUUGCAGGUGCCGAUUGGAAGGGUGAUACUAUCGUUUAUGCCUAUCGAUCAGGAGAUUUGACUCGAUUGCCAAAAGGUGCUUCAGUUCCUGUUACCCUCAAAGUUUUAGAAUACGAUCUUUUCCAUAUUUCUCCUCUGAAGGACAUCACCUCAAACAUCUCGUUUGCCCCAAUCGGUCUAGUUGACAUGUUCAACAUCGGCGGUGCUGUCGAGCAAGUCGAUAUCCAAGUGGUCGAACCAAUACCAGAGUUCGAUGGUGAAGUUGCUUCUGAGCUAACAUGUUCUCUCCCUGAUGAUCGACCUCCAACGGCCACUAUCACCAUGAAAGCCCGAGGAUGCGGAAGGUUCGGUUUAUACUCGUCCCAACGGCCUCUGAAAUGUAGUGUGGACAAGGUGGGUACGGACUUUGUGUACGACGAUGUGACAGGGUUAGUGACCUUCGAAAUUCCUAUCCCAACAGAGGAGAUGUAUAGAUGGAACAUUGAAAUUGAAGUUUAGGUGAAUGUUGUAUGUUUAAAUUUCAUUCGACCAUAUCAUUUAAUAAUAUGGCUGGGAGAUAUAUAUAUAUAUAUAUAUAUAUAUAUAUAUAUAUAUAUGGUAGUCAAGAGGAGGAAUUUAAUUAGGAUUGAGUGUGUACUGUGGGGGCCAUAAAUUUAAAUCUAAGGGUGUAAUGUAGCAGCCAACAUCUGUCAUUAAUGUUGUAAUCUAAUUCUCUAUUCAUGUCAUAAUAAAUAUGUUUUUCUGAUUUCUUUCUUCACAA